ACUGUUGGCGGGUCGCGUGAAGCGAAAAACCAUGGCGGCCAACUCCGUGGCCACCGAGCAGAAGGCUUCCAAAGUCCUCGGCUUGGUGUUCUUCACCUUCGUCCUGUGCUGGUCGCCCUUCUUCAUACUCAACAUCCUCUUCGCUGCCUGCCCGGACUGCCACGUGCCCCAGCACGUCGUGGUGGUGUGCCUGUGGCUGGGCUACGUCAGCUCCACCAUCAACCCCAUCAUCUACACAGUGUUCAACAAGACCUUCAGGGCGGCCUUCAUCAGGCUGCUGCUGUGCCGCUGCCAGAG